GCAGACACAGAGGGAGAAGAAGCAGAGCAUGUUACAGAAGGAGGGAGAGGUGGGAAGGUAGAGGUGGUAGACAGAGAGAUGCAGUACCAAAGUGUGUGUGUCCGCAAGGCUGUCAGUAGCGCAACUCUUCAUUUUCUUGUCAGCGACCAUGAUGUGUUAUGGAGCUACGAUGCACAGAUUCUCUGCAGAAGCAGGGAAUGCAGAUAGAAGUUCACCUUGAGCUGGAGUCCAACAGUGUCACUCUGGACCUAUGGGAUUACAAAAAAUGUUCAUUGAUCCCAAGACCAAGAACAACAGAGAUUUAAUUGGAUCGGACAACCUGCCAAACCAGAAGUGGCUCCAGAAUCUUUAAAUUUUGGAUUACUGGUCCAGAUUUAUACCAGAACAUCGGACAGAGAGACUCUAAACUGCCAAUCCAGGGCAAGAAAUCAAACAGGUUCUUGGUUUGGCAUAAACUUGCCAGCUGUCUCCAAACCAGACAGCAUACAGAACUAAGAUUGUGACAUCCACAUCUCACACUGGAACCCCGCAAAGCCACGACCAAGCAGGUCCUGCAGCCAAGGGACCCUGGAGCCGGCCUGACCUUGGACCGGCUGUCACCUGAACCCCUGGCACCAGCUGAAGCGUCCAGCAUGUCUCAGACCGGAGGGCGGUUCCACAACAAAAAGGCUGGCAUUCGGGCCGCAGUGAUCCUGAUCGGACUCCUGCACAAGUCUCGCAAAGCCAAGGAGAAGGAGAGGGAGAAGGAGAGAGAGAAAGAGGAGAGCGAAGGGAAACAGGAACUGCUGAACAUUUCCAACAUCCCUGUGGGAGAAUGUCCCCCCUCACCGCCCCGCACUGCGCCGCCCAGCAUGAAGUCUGCAGAGUUCUUCGAUAUGCUGGAGAGGAUGCAGGUCCCUAAAGCUGAAGAGACCAAAAAAUGGAAGGAUGACUAUAUCCCCUACCCACGGAUAGAAGAUGUCUUGGAAAAAGGUGGUCCAUACCCCCAGGUAAUCCUGCCACAGUUUGGAGGUUACUGGAUUGAGGAUGUGGAGGCACCAGCAGGGACCCCCUCCUCCUCAGAGUCCAGUUUCUGUGAGGAGGAGGAUGGAGGAGAGGGCAUGAGCCCUGGUGGGGGGCAUAGUUACCGUCUGGAGUGUAACAGCACAGCCCGCGCCUACCGCAAACACUUCCUAGGCAAGGAACACAUGAACUAUUACUGCACUGGCAGCAGCAUAGGCAACCUCAUCAUGUCUCUGAAACACGAGGAAGCUGAGGGACAGGAGUUCCUAUGCAUCAUGCUCAGGUCGAGGAUCAAAACAGUCCAUGACAGGAUCUCUUUAGCAGGUAUCAACCAGCUGCCCAGUGUACCCCAGAUUGCCAAGCUUCUGUGUGACGAUGCCACAGGGCUGAAGUUCAACCCAGUCCUGUACCCUCGGGGAUCCCAGUUGAUAGUGGCUUAUGAUGAACACGAGGUGAACAACACCUUCAAAUUUGGAGUCGUCUAUCAGAAGUUUGGACAGACAUCAGAGGAAGAGUUGUUUGGGAACAAUGAGGAGACGCCAGCUUUCAAGGAGUUUCUCAGUAUCCUGGGCGACAACAUUGAACUCCAGGACUUUAAAGGGUUCCGCGGUGGGCUGGAUGUGUCCCACGGACAGACGGGGACUGAAUCUGUCUACACUGUCUUCAGACGGAGAGAGAUUAUGUUCCAUGUGUCAACCAAACUUCCCUUCACUGAGGGAGACGUCCAGCAGCUCCAGAGGAAAAGGCACAUAGGAAAUGACAUCGUGGCCGCAGUCUUCCAGGAAGAUGCCACACCAUUUGUUCCAGACAUGAUCGCCUCCAACUUCCUGCAUGCUUACGUGCUGGUGCAGGUUGAGAACCCCUGUACAGAGCACACAACAUAUAAGGUGUCUGUUACAGCGCGGGAGGAUGUGCCGCCUUUUGGACCGCCACUCCCUAACCCAGCUGUCUUUAGGAAGGGUCCUGAGUUUCGAGACUUCCUGCUGACAAAGCUGAUCAAUGCCGAAAACGCCUGCUACAAAUCCGACAAAUUCGCCAAACUAGAGGGGCGAACGCGAGCUGCGCUGCUGGACAACCUCCACGACGAGCUGCACAGACAGAGCCAGGCCACGCUGGGUCUGGGCCAGGUGGGAGAGGAGGACAAGCUGGAGAACGGGGGACACGGGGGUCUGCUAGAGUCAUUCAAGAGAGCUAUGCGUGUCAGGAGCCACUCCAUGGAGACCAUGGUGGGGUCCCACCGUCACAGGAGCCCCGGAGUCGGAGGUGGGGUCCCGGCCAGCGUGAGUGGAGGAGGACUGCCGCAGAGCACCAGCGAAUGCACAAAGAGCACCUUCACUCCUCCCGUGUUGUCAGCCAAGUCUCCUCUGAAGAGCCCAGUGAAACGGCGCUCAGGCCUCUUCCCUCGUCUCCACUCCAGCACAGACACCCCAUCGGACAAACACACACGCAGCGACCAAAAGCCUGCAGAGAUCUGCCCGCUGUCCCAAGAAGUGAGGUCGGAGACAUCAUCCAAUCCCAGCUCACCUGAGAUCUGCCCCAAUAAAGAGAGGCCGUUUAUCAAGCUCAAAGAGUGCAGCGGCGGCAGGCCGAACAUCUCUCGUUCUUCAUCCAGCACCAGCAGCUUCAGCAGCACCACGGGCGAAACAGAAGCUCUGGAAGAACUGGAGACAGUUAGCCAUCCCUCCAUAGCGUCCUCCUCCGCCUUUAGUCCUGCCCUCAGCGUCGACAGCCAGGGAUCAGGUACCCCGGUCAUCAUGUGCCGCAGUCCAACAGCAGAUGGGAGAAGUAAGACAUCACCGCGGUCAAACUUGAAGUUCCGUUUUGACAAAAUGAGCCACUCAUCCACAGCUUCCGAGUAGCUUUGUGGAAUGGAAAUAUCCGUCUUGCACAACAAAGGGACAAGCGUGGGCUGAUGGAGCUGCAAAAACAAAAGAAAACACAACAACAACCACAAAAUCACUGUAGAACCACUUUCUUAAAACAAGGAUAAUAUGACAAGAUUACCACCUGCACCAGAGUCCCCACACACCAUAAACUAAUACUGUGAGUGUAUAGUGAGGAGAAGUAGCUGACAUGUUGGCUUUCUUUUUAAACAACCUUUAGCUUAAAAAAGUCCAUACUUUUCCAAUGUUACAAGCUGCUGCAUUUCAAUUGUUCACAUCACAUGGAAGUCCUAGCAUGGCUGUAAUACUGUGAGUGUAGACCGAGCCAGACUCUGCCUCAGCUUUUUCUCAAGCAUCUUGUUCAAUAGAGAGACACGGUGAUCUAGAAGAAUGGUAACAUGAGACAAUGGCCGAACUGUUACUCUUUAUCUGGUCGACUGCUAAGUGCUCAGUGGAAAGGAUGUCUUAAAGAAUUGUCAUCCCUUUUGCCUUUGCCCUCGAAUGGUACGUCUGGGAACAGUUCUUCUUUUGCCUAAAAAAAGUACGCAGACACACAGACACACACACGCACAGAAAUAUAAUGUAGACUUACAGUAGCAACGUUUUGGAGGCGUCAACACUGGGAGUCUCAGUUCUCCACUGUAGGAUCGGAGCUUGUUCUUUGCAUAUAAAAAUGCUUUUCUAGGGAACAUCUUUGAUUUUUGAGAUGCUUUUGUAACCUUGCUAGCUGCUGCAUUGUGUCUACUGCACUAUAAACAUGACAUUGUUGAAAUUCAGUCGAUACCUAUGACAGCAUUUCUGUAUCUGUAAGGGUAACUUCAAAUCCCUGAACUCAAGUGCUUGGUUAGUGGAAAUUAGCUCAUAUAGGGCACAGUAGGAGACACUGCCAACAUAUUUUGCCAUAAGCUUAUUUUAGCCAAAGCCGCGCCUUGCAAUCUAUCAAAAGCCCUUUUCCCCACUGAUGCUCUCUCCCUCUCUGUCUCUCUGUCUGUCUGUCUCUCUCACUAUGUGAGAGGAUGAGAAUCUUCUGGAUCCGGGUACAGCACAGUUGUGGGUAGCCGAUCAACACCCACAUUUGCUGAAAAUAGACGUUGCACUUACUGAAAACAUUUCACCCUCUGAUACCUCCCAUUGAAGCUUGCUUGAUCGUUGUAUCUGUGUUUAUGUUCGGUGGAACUUUUGAACAGGAAAGUCUCCAGGGUUUUAAGUUCCCCAGCAUGUGAGCUGAUGAAGAUGACUUGAAAAAGAUGCUUCAGGUUAAAUGAACCUUUGAACCACCUUUGGCAAAAACACUUUGAAUGUGAACUUGGAGCUUUUGUUUUUGUAUUUUUGAUUUUACGCUUUGUUAGUUGUUAUUACAGAGUCUCUUAAUAGUAAAUUGCAAAGCCAGUUGCUUACAAGCACAACAGGACAAUAGUCCUUAACUAUACCAUAACAUUAGCCUGGAGCUCCACUAACUAGAGUUAGCAGGGCAAAGUGGGAGUGUGCUAAUCAAGAAAAAGCUUAAAGACACACAGAUGUGUUUCCUAUGUGACCAAACAACAACCAAGCUGGUAGGUCUUUGGAAGAAUUUCUGUGAACCAUUCCUGUUGCUGAAAGGAUGGCUUAAUAGUGUGUGAAGUUCUGUCACAUGAAACUCAAAUCCCAGAGGGUUUAAAGGGUCAAUUCACCCAAAUGACAAAAACUUCUUUGUAAUUUAGGUGACUUUUUAACUUUGCCAGGGAGCUGUUGAGUUCCUUGAGAAGUACCUUUCGGAUAGAACUGGACUAGAAGCAGAUGUGUUGAUACACAAUGUGCUCAGUUAGUGUAGACCAGUGAUUACCUCGAACGAGGGAAGCAGGGACAGAAAUCACACAAAAGCGUGAAGUUCAGAUGUCAUUCAGUUUGUAGCAGGUAUCGCCUAAACGCCCUGCAGCCUUUUCUCUGUUAAUAUGCUUAAUUUAUUAAAAUGACUAUUAAUAAUUAAAUGAUAACUUCUUUUGCAUUGAUGUCAUGUAAAAAUGUAACUGCAGAGUACGCUAAUUAAUAAGGUAAAAUGAUUAAAGGAAAUAUAUUAAUUUAAAAGAUGUUUAGACAUGUAUAUGUAUAUUUGGUUAUGUAACGUGCCAUUGAGAAUUUAUUCUAAAAUAAAAUGUUGUAUUUUGUGUCA